UGACUCAUGAAAACAGGAAGCAGGAAGUGCUCACAUCUAAACACGUAUAUCAGUCACAGGACUGUGGCUGUGAGUAAACCAGGAGUGUCAGUAUGGCAGGCAGGCUGUCGCUCCCAGAGGUGGACCUUUCCUGUCCCAUAUGCUGUGAAAUCUUCAGGGACCCUGUGGUGCUCAAGUGCAGCCACAGCUUCUGUGCACCCUGCCUACAGCAGUACUGGAGUGGGAACACACGCAGCCGAGACUGUCCCCUGUGCAGGUCCCAGAGUGUGGACGAACCCGUGCCCAGUCUCACCCUGAAGAACCUAUGCGAGUCUUUCAUCCAGGAGAGUGAGGGUGUGGAGGAGACAGCAGGGGAGCUGUACUGCGAUCCGGGGGAGAUGUGUCCUCUUCACGGGGAGAGGCUGAAGCUUUUUUGCGUGCCGGACGAGGAGCCAAUCUGUGUGGUUUGCCACACCUCGAGGAGGCACAAACAGCAUGAUUGUUGUCCCGUCAGCGAGGCUAUCGUAGACAUAAAGGAGAAAAUGAAGUCAGCCCUCAGCUCACUGCAGGAGAAGAAGGACGCUUUUGACAAGAUGAAGAAAAACUACGAGGACACUGUGGCAUGCAUUCAGGUCCAAGCUCGAUUUGUGGAGAGACGGACCCGAGAGGAGUUUGCAAAGCUUCGCAGCUUCCUGGAAGCCGAGGAAGAAGCCAGGAUGGAGGCACUGAGGGGGGAGGAAGAGCAGAAGAGUCGUGCGAUGAUGCAGAAGAUUGAGGAAAUAACAAGAAGUAUAACGUCUGUGUCUGAAUCCAUCAGAGCUUUAGAGGAGGAGAUAGCGUUGGAGGGCAUCUCUGUCCUUCAUAAAUGCAAGAGGACAUUGGCAAGAGUGAGCAGCCCAGUCGAAGAUCCAGUCAUGGCUCCAGGAGCACUCAUAGAUGUGGCCCAAUAUCUGGGCUCGCUGAACUUCAACGUGUGGGAGAAGAUGCAUAAAAUGGUCAAAUACACCCCAGUGACUCUGGACCCCAACACCGCUGCUCCGUGGCUCGUCCUGUCAGACGACCUCACCAGCGUCUCUGACAGUGACGAAAAGCAGAAGCUGCCCGACAACCCGGAGAGGUUUGACCCCGACACCGGUGUACUGGGCCGUGAGAGCUUCACCUCAGGCAAGCACGCCUGGGAUGUCAACGUGGGAGACAACACGGCGUGGGUCGUCGGCGUGGCUAAAGAAUCCGUGCAGAGGAAAGAGAAAGUGGCGUCAGUGCUAAAGAACGGCUACCUGAGCGUGUACUUUUACCACAAAAUGUACUUCGCCGGCACGUCUCCUUUAACAAGGCUGAAUUUGAAGAGGACCCCACAGAGGAUCAGGGUGCAGCUGGACUGUGACAAGGGCAGAGUGUCUUUCUACGACCCACAUGACAACACACACAUCUACACCUUCAAGCACGCCAUCACUGAGAGAGUCUUCCCCUACUUCUGGGUGGGUUGUCAGCAGUGUCCUCUGACGGUGGAGCCGUCAGAGGUUUCUGUGAGAGCUGCUGAAUAUUUCUAAAAGUUAAUUUCCACUUCACAACUUCUUCUUUACUGCAGCACAAAGGGAAUGGGAACCUUUUCCAGUUUCAAACAUAUAGGCCUUCAAUAAUCAGUACUCUGCCUGUACACUUUACAGUAAGCAGCAACAUACUUCAGUUUGAUCUCUGCACUUUAAUCUACUAUAAAAAGUCCUUCUGUUUCAUUAUUGUUUUGGAGGAAAUACAGACUCACAGCAUAAUGUGCUUUAGAAAUUAACCAGAUAAACAGCUGUUUGAUCCAAGUUUGUAAAGUGAUUCUGAAUUUGCACGUCAAACUCUUAAUGUGUUUUUUUUUCUAAUCCCAAUUUUGUUAAUAAACAUAUAUGGCGAAUA